AUGGCGGUCCUUAUAACCGGUGGUGCGGGUUUCCUAGGUCAGCGUGUGGCCAGGGCUCUAUUGAAGGAAUGGGAGAAUGCUGGGCCUGAUCCAGAGCAACCAGUCAAGCUUCUGCUGGUGGACAUCAAAGAGCCUUCAGAGCGCAUCCCAGGAGCUCAUUAUGUCGUGGGUAACAUCAGCGACGCUUCGUUUCUCGAGACAGUAUUGACGGAGGAGGUGGCUAGCAUCUUUCAUUUUGCUGCCAUCCUGAGUGCGCACACCGAGAGCGAGUACGACCUGGGAAUGAAGGUGAACUUCGACGCCACCAGAGCAAUCAUCGAACGGGCGCGCGCCCUGGAGACGCGGCCGAAGCUCAUCUUCACUAGCUCGGUUGCAGUCUUCGGCAUACCCCCUCAGGAAACAAUUGACACGAACGCACUCCGAGAACGCCAGCUGUCCUUUACGGAGAAGACGGCCGUCACGCCCCAGUCGUCGUACGGAGCUCAAAAGGCCAUGGCUGAGCUGCUCGUUGCGGACGCCACGCGGCGGGGCUUCGUCGACGGUCGCGCCGUCCGCUUACCAACGGUGGUCGUUCGGCCCGGCAAGCCGGCCCGAGCCGCUUCUUCUUUUGCCUCGGGUGUCAUACGCGAGCCCCUGCAAGGCCAGCCGUCGGUCUGCCCGGUAGAUCCCGACACUCCUGUCUGGAUCCAGUCCCCCCGGAAAGUGGUUGAAAACCUGAUACGCGCGCACAACCUUCCGCGGUCUACGGGACCCGUCGUGGUAACCCUGCCGGGUUUGUCGGUCACUGUUCGCGAGAUGAUCAACGCCGUGGUUUGGGCGAAGGGCCGAAGCGAUUUGGUCCGAUUCGAGAGGCAGCCAGAAGUCGAGCGCAUCUUCUGCUCCUGGCCGGGUCGAAUAGACACCCCGGCGGCAAGCAGUCUGGGGUUUGAAGCCGACGAGAGCAUUGAGGAAGUGAUCCGGGCUUUCAUCGAGGUUGACCUCGAGAUGCCGACCAAUCCGUGA